GCGAAAAUAUGUGUCGCACCAGCAAGGAACACCUCUGGUGGUAAGGUAGCAUUAUAUACGUUCUUCCCAAGUUGUACAUGUCGUUUCCUAAAGUGUGAAAUUGAAUUAGGAUAUCUAGUUUCCUAACAUUUUGAAGAGCACAUGAAUCAGGCUUGGACCUGAAUUUUUUAGUAAGAAGAAGGGAAGCUUUGCAUGAACACACAAAUGAGACCUGCAUGAACUAGACAAACUUGCAAGAAAAAGGGUGGUAGAAAUAGAAUAGAAUGUUGCUACCAAUUCAUUCAGUUCCUUGGACAUGUUGUACAAUAUUUUUAUCAUCGGUGUAACCCUUCCUGUCAUUGUCUGUCUUUCAUGCUCAGUGAGACACGAUGUACUUCCUCCGUCUCAUAAUAUAACAACAUUUUUUGAGCUGUUUUAGCUUGAAAAUGUUAUCAUGGGAUGGGGUAGUAUACACGUCCGACUGCAAGAGCUCUAGCCACCAUGGCAAUCUUCCUCCUAGUGGCGCUCUCCACCUCCCACAUCGCGUCCUCGCUCCGCCCGGGUCUUCGUGUCUGCCGUGCGAGUGGCUACCUUUCAGGAAAGUUGGCCAACUGUGAGAAGAGCAACGACCCCGACUAUUGCGAGGAUGGCAAGAGGUACCCGCAGUACCACUGCUCGCCGUCGGUCACCGCAAGCACCAAGGCCGUCUUGACGCUAAACAGCUCCGAGAAGGGCAAGGACGGCGGCGGUCCGUCCGAGUGUGACAACGCCUACCAUAGCGACAAGGAGAUGGUAGUCGCGCUCUCCACCGGCUGGUUCAAGAACAUGGCCCAUUGUGGGCACCGCAUCAAGAUCACCGUCAAUGGCAAGUCUGUGUAUGCCAAGGUGGUGGACGAGUGCGACUUCGUCUAUGGCUGCGACGACGACCACAACUACGAGCCCCCGUGUGCCAACAACAUCGUCGAUGCCUCUCCUGCGGUGUGGAAUGCCUUGGGGCUCGACCAGAACGUCGGCAUGGAGAGCAUCACCUGGUCUGAUGAGUAGUUUCCAAAACAAAGGUGAGCGCAGGUUGUUGCUACCACGUGUCAGUCCAGUGUCAUGUAUAUAAUUUUCAUUCUUAGAGGGAAGUCCAGUGUACACUUAUC